AUGGUCAAAACUAGUGUCCUCAAUGAUGCGCUGAAUGCUAUCAACAACGCUGAGAAGUCUGGCAAACGCCAGGUUCUCAUUAGACCUAGCUCCAAGGUCAUUGUCAAGUUCCUAUCUGUCAUGCAGAAGCAUGGUUACAUUGGAGAGUUUGAGGAGGUAGAUGACCACCGCUCUGGCAAAAUCGUCAUCCAGCUUAAUGGACGCCUCAACAAGACCGGUGUUAUCUCUCCCCGCUACAACGUUCAGCUUCGCGACCUCGAGAAGUGGGUUGUCAAACUCCUUCCCUCACGUCAGUUCGGUUACAUUGUCCUGACCACAUCUGCUGGUAUUAUGGACCACGAGGAGGCCAGACGCAAGCAUGUUGCUGGAAAGGUCAUCGGAUUCUUCUACUAG